GAUGGAGAGGCACGGGAACACACGAUUUGAUUCUUGAUCAUUCUCCUUUAGAUUCAUGACACUUGCCAGAGAGUAUUGGAUAUUCUGCGAAUCUGCCUCGUUACCUGCUUACUUACCCACCAAAGGAGGUAGUGACUGGGACGGUGACGAUGGUGAAGAUCAAGUUCCUUGUGAAUCAUGCCUGUGGUAGGUGAAGGAUAAAAGAGCAGUUUCUCCGAUCACUUCCUUCGGGUUUGCUGUGAACAUGAACCCCCAAAGAUUUCAACUUCUUUCUCUUUCUCUUCUGACUCGAGUCAACCCGAGUCAACAUUUCAAGAUUGCCACAGAUCAUGGGAAACAUACCCCAAGGCAUGGGUAAGAAUCCACAAGUUUGUGGUAGCAAACUUCAAGCGGUGGAUAACAACACAACAGCCACUGGUAACAAAUUUCAAGCCACGAAUAACAAUCCUCAAGCCAUGGAUAACAAUCCUCAAGCCACGAAUAACAAUCCUCAAGCCAUGGAUAACAACCCCAAAGCCACUGGCAACAAGCCCCAAGUCAGUAGUGACAAUCUACAAGCCGUCGGUCACAGCCCAGAAGCCAUCAAUGCCGGUCCACAAACCAUUGACGACAAAGUUUCUGCCGCCCCGGCACGAAGUCGCAAAACGACCAACUUCACAGGAUCAGAGAUCGUCACUAUACUUGUCGAUGUUGAUGAAGUGGAAUACUACCAUCACAAAGACAAGUUGAUCUCCAAAUCCCCCUUUUUCGCGGCUUGUCUUGCUUCGGGCAUGAAAGAGGCUCAGACCAAGAGAGUCAAGCUCCCCGAGGAAGACGUGGAGGCCUUUGACUGCUUUGCGGAUUGGAUCUAUGAAGGGUCUUUGCCAAACAUCUCGAUCGGAGAGCCGGUGAAUUCGACGAUGAAAGCCUGGAUCCUUGCCGAAAAACUCUGCAUGCCAAAGUGGCAGAACGCAUUGGUUGAUCACUUGGGUCACAUCUUCACCUACCAUGCCGAGGUGAAGGCCUCGCAGAUAGCUUGGGUCGGUGAAAACGUACCUACGUCGAGCAUGCUGUCGAAGUUCAUGAUGGACUAUUUCGCAUAUCAACUUGCCAAGAGCACCAGCUCCUAUCAGCAGAAGGAUCAGGACUCGGGAGAAUCGGUGUUUGACGAGGAGAUUUGGUCGGCGAUGACAACGUCCACUGUGGGAAAUCGGUUGAUGUUGAAUGCUGUCAAUAUCGCGCGGAAUCCAAGGGCCUCUGACCCGAAAUAUAGACCACAGGACUACCACGUUUCAACGGUGUCCAGAUGUCGUGAGGCAAAGAAAGGUUGAGAGUCGCUGCUAGACAGCCGCCGGGAUACGAGGGUUGAAUUGGAAAACAUUGUCAAGCACUGGCAUCGGUUGAGAUACGAUAGCAUGACAGCAAUGGACGAAACUGCAGUGGGCAGUCAGAGCACAUAGAUGAUGAAC